AUGCACCUGGACACCCCACACACCAUGGCGCAUAAGCGCAAAGACGAUGCGGACACCACUGACAAUUGCCCGCAUGAUCUCAAUGAGAUCCUGUAUUUUAGCUGGAUGAACAAGCAGAUCGCCGCUGGUCGCAAGCCCGCUGACCCUGUCCCACAGGGAACUACUGCGCCUCGUGGCUUCUCCUCUCAAGUCCCGCGUGAUGUUCCGUCACGUGUGCGUCGUGAUGCGGACCGGGUGGCCUCGUCACGCACCUUUGACAACGAUGGCGAUGAGUCCGACUACAACGAGUACGCGGUUGGUACGGACGACGACGCCAAGUCUGGUGAAGACGAUGACAAGGGCAUGUUUGACGAUGACGGCGAUGCGGAAGGCGCCGAUGACGAGGCUCCGGAGGAAACUCAGCCAGAGACGCCGACAGGUCGUGUGCACUCCCUGGGUAGCCAAUAG